AAAUGAAGAGAGAGUUUUGGUGUUAUCAUUCUAGACCCAUUCAUUGAAUAUAACUAACCCAUAUAACAACUCGGCCCAUCAAAUAUGGGUUAAAAAUGGAUCGAUAACCCAUUUUAACAGGUCUAGUUAUCACCAUAUCAACAAAAGAAUCCUCAUCGAAUUUUCUUAUCCAAUUUCAUAAUCUAGAAAUAGCGAUGCAGUAGACCGUAGUCAAUCAAACAUGUGCCGGCUUGUGUUUUCCUUGUCUUGAGCUAGUCCUUUUUAUCAAGAGGUUCUUGAAAUUUCAUGACCUCGACAGUUGUUAAUUACUUACACUAAUUCAUUAAACACUUUAGCCAAAAGAUGUCUCACGAGCAAAGACUUACAAUAAAAAUACUAUACCACCACUAUUUUUUUUUUCUUCGAAAUAAUUGACUUCUCUUUUGGCUAAAUAUAUAGAAUUUCCUUGAUUAUGUAAUUGAACGUACUCCUAGUGCAAAUAAGUCCAGAGCAUAUAACCUAUGUUACAUCAAGUGGGUCGCACCUAAGAGUCAUUGAUUUAAACGAUUGAGAUCGAGUGGCUUCACAUUUGCGAGGUGCAUGUAGGAAUAUUCCUAGAAUAAGUGCUCAAUUCACUUCAAACGAUGGCCUGGGACGGCAAAUACUUAUUUAUGCUUAUGAAGGUGUCUCGCUCCAUUGUCCUCCUAAGUUUGGAAUUCUUCGUAAACAUCCUUCCUGCACACACUACACGCUAUGACUCUUUCUUGGCUCUCUUUGAUCGUGUCCUUCAUUUUGUCCACAGCUUCAGUUUCUGGACAGAAACUUUACGCUCCAGCGCUGAGUCUACACCGCGAAGAUGUCCUCCGAGAUCCUAAACAUGCAGUUUCAGUAUCCAUAACAAACGACUUCAAAACCUUCUUCUUCAACCAAACGCUUGAUCAUUUCAACUACAGACCCGAGAGCUACACUGUCUUCCAACAAAGAUACUUGAUCAACUCCAACUACUGGGGCGGCACAAAUUCUAGUGCACCGAUCUUCGUUUUCCUCGGUGCUGAAUCACCAAUCGAUGGAGCUCUGACUAGGGUCGGGUUUCUGACCGAAAACGCUGCUCAAUUCGAAGCUUUAUUAGUUUACAUUGAGCAUCGGUAUUAUGGUGAGUCAAUUCCACUUGGGAUGAGCUUCGAAGAAGCUCUCAAUGAUGCAAAUAUUCGCGGGUAUUUUAGCUCGGCCCAAGCUUUGGCCGAUUAUGCAACCAUUAUCAUGCACGUCAAGGAGGAACGAAACGCCAGUAAAUCUCCAGUUAUCGUGGUGGGAGGAUCAUAUGGAGGAAUGCUUGCUUCAUGGUUCCGGCUGAAAUAUCCACAUGUGGCCCUCGGAGCUCUGGCCUCAUCAGCUCCAGUAUUGUACUUUGAUGAUAUUAUCCCGCAGGAUGCAUACUUUUCGGUGGUCACAAGGGAUUUUAAGGAUGCUAGUGAGACUUGCUAUCAAACUAUAGCAAACUCGUGGUCGGAGAUCGAUAGAGUUGCUCAGGAGCCUAAUGGCAGUUCAAUCUUAAGCAAAAUGUUCAAGACUUGCCAGCCCUUAGAGAGUGGGGAUGAGCUGAAGAACUACUUGAUAUAUUUGUACGUGAGAGCAGCUCAAUAUAAUGAUCCACCGAGAUAUCCAGUGACAGUGAUAUGCAACGGCAUUGAUGAAGCAAGUGCUACUGAAGAUGGCAUUCUUGGCAAGAUAUUUGCAGGCGUUGUUGCCUCUAACAGGAGCUCCACAUGCUACGUCAAUCCUCCCGCUAAUUUAUCUCAAACUGCGUUGGGUUGGAGUUGGCAGAGAUGCAGCGAAAUGGUAAUGCCCAUAGGCAUCACAAACAAUUCUAUGUUCCAACCAGGCCCUUUCAUCUUGAGCGACUUCAUUGAUGAAUGCAACGCCUCGUUCGGCGUUGCGCCUCAACCGCAUUGGGUCACUACCUACUAUGGUGGUCAUGAUAUAGAGCUAAUUCUUCGUAGAUUCGGGAGCAACAUUAUUUUCUCAAAUGGACUUCAAGAUCCUUGGAGUAGCGCAGGGGUCCUGAAGAACAUUUCGGAAAGUGUCGUUGCUGUCUAUACAGAGAAAGGUUCCCAUUGUUUGGAUAUAAUUUCAGGGAAUCAAACUGAUCCAGAUUGGUUGAUCAUGCAACGAAAAACUGAAGUUGGAAUUAUAAAAGGGUGGAUAGCCCAAUAUUAUUCCGAUCUUCUUGCUUUCAAACAAUGAUAUGAAGAACUGAUUCACGAAGGCCAUUUCAAUAAAAUGAGAACAAAAGACUGAGGCCUAUGUUCCUUACCAUAAAGUCAUCCUUGUAUUUCUGUGCUCCAUUAGAACAGGCUUUUAAUACAGAAAGACCCAAUUUUAUAUUUAAGUAAUGUAGUUCAUAACAAGCUUCCAAUUAAUUAUCGGCCUCCAAUAAAACAUUUGAAACUGCUGAACUUUUUUAAUGAUCAAGCGUAGAUUUUUAUUUUAUUUCGUCAUGGGUUUUAUGUACCCACAUUCAAUACAAGAGCUCAGGAUUAGUUCUA